CGACUGAUUCUUUCCCCGUCUGACCACGUUCACCGACUUGCUUCAGCAGCCCAGACGUACAUACUGUAGAGCUAGGUACCUACCUUGACCACCUACCUAGGUAUCUUAUGCCCUACCUGCCUAGACCUGGGAUUUCCCCAUUCGUUCUGGUCCGUACUUACCCGGCCGAGCUUCUCAGAAGGCUCCUCAUGCCUCCAUCUUUCUCUCUCUCCAUUGAACGUUUUUGAUCUUCUUUCACCCUCAAUUCUACACAGCGUUCACUUUUCUGGCUUGUGGCUCUAAGUUGCCUCGAGCGCUCCUUUCUUCUUCCUUUCCUCCUUCUCCUCUGUCAUCCCAUUCAAUGACACGGCCAACACAACUUAGGUAGAUAUUGGCAUCCCAUUCCUUUCAUCAUAGCACCACUGUUAUACAACACCGAGAACCUCACGAACCCUGGCAACGCAACAAACCCUUCAACAAAACCGAAUUAAGGCAGCAUAUCGCUCACGCAGUAUCCAUCGUCCACCUUCUAUCCUUCACUCGCCUCUGAUCGCUGCUGAGCCUUUCCGAAGCUUGACCCCGGAACCUCUGAUCUCAAUCUCAAGGCCAAUUCACAUCUGGAUUCCACCAGCCGACGGAGCGACCUGUCACCAACAAUAGCCCGUCUUCGCUCGCUGUCACCGUCGAUCACAGCUCAACAAAUACAGCUACUUGGUCUCUCUAAUUUGAUCCUUUCUGGACCCUGAUUUUAUCUUCUUAUUGUCCUCCACCCUUGUCUGGGAACAUCGUGUACGACCCAGUGGUCAACGACCCCUGCCAGUCCCGCAUCUGAAGGCCCCUGCCCAAGUUCGACAGCCGUGAGCAUUGACCUGCCCCCGCUGACAGGCCUAUCGACGAGUCGCCAAACUCAACCCCGAGUGGUUCAACCAAGCACCUGCAAAUUGAACACCCUUCAUCAGCAUUUUGUUGAUUUCAGGCACUUGGCUUGCAAAAUACGUUCGGCAAGGACCCAUUCCAUAUCUGCACUGCUACCACAUCAAUUAGCCUCUCGGCCUCAAACAGUUCGUUCCUCUUGGACCUAACAAUUCAUCAAGAGCUUCAACCCAGGGGCAUCUGCCGCUAAGACGAUCGCACUACUUUCUCAGGCCAGCCAGCCCCUUUCCGAGCCCUUGGCCCUCGGGCACCACGAAGGCCACUUCACCCCAGAGCUAUUGACCCACCAGGUGCCUGAACAAAGUUGAAAGUUGAACGACAGAACGGGGAUUCGAAUCGCGUUUGAGUGGCGUACCGUGCUCUUAUUGACUUGGUAUGACGCUGGGUCUGAGCUUUCAGGACAGAGGAAUUUAAUCCAUCCCGACCUACGUAUUUUACCACGGCCAGCUCUUUGACUUUCACCUCUUGGCGAAGUUGCCUUCGUCCUUGUUUGCGCAAGCCCGGGCUCUAUUCUUAUCUUUUAUACGACACACGUAACGCAUUGUUUUACCUGGCGUUGCAACGGCUGCCGUUUCCUCUGCUACUCUAUAUCGAUUGGCUCCGCAUUCUCUCCUGGAUCUUCAAAUCAGAAACACAAGCCCAAGCUUGACCCCUUUGCAAUCAUGUCUAAUACUCAGUCUUUUCACUCCGGUAAGCGCCCGCCCCUUGAUGAUUUCGCUUUAAUGUGAUCUGCGACAACCACCCCAUUCCCAAAGUUUCCCCUUCUGUUUUCACCGGGAUUCGCGUCCGAUAGCUGCCAAAGCUUGGCGCUUGGAAUCUUGUAAACAAAGGAGACUGGAUCAACUGUAAUGUUGAAUGGAUCGCAAGUCAACUUGGCGCAACAAUUCACCAGAAGCUUGCUGGUCGGUCCACUUGGCUGGCAUCCAUCUUGUGUCAUGCUGAGGAGAUUGUCUGUUUCAUCUUGGUCCAUUUGUCGUCGUCAUUGCAUGCAUGCGCCCGUUUAUCUGGCACCCAGCUGAUAGGUUUUCUUGGAAACAGACCACACCAGUUCUGGCCAAUCUCCUGGUCUCACACUCAACUUAUCUUCUAAUAACCCCUUCCGCAACCGCGCACCAUCUCCAGCCAGUGCCGACCUUCUUUUCCCCAGCAAACCCGCCUCUCCCUUCGACGACCCCCCAGCACGACCUUUAUCUCGAAAUCCAUUUCUCGAUCAGCCACCAGUUGAUUUAUUGUCACAGCCUCUUAGGUCACCGGGUGCGAUGUCGUCUCACUCAGACUCUAAGUCUCUUUCAGCCGAGGAAAUUUUUAACUCCAUGACUCUCGAUGAUACUUCCAACGACCGAGCAAGACAGCAGUCGACUCGCCGACCGAUGAACGGACUGCCCCCAAAACGCGGCGGCGAAAACCCGCCGCUUGAGGGUGGCAGCCACCGCCCUUCGCGUUCCCAGGAAGAAGCUCUUCGUGCUCGAAGGAUGCAGGGCUCUGGACCCCGACCGCAACAGAGUUCACCGCAACGACGUGCCCCACCACGACGUCCUCGACGGAAUUCUGAGUCCUCUUUGGUCGAUUUUGAUGCCCGUCCAAUCACAGAGGAGGAGAAAAGAAUGAUCGAGGCAGCCCGACGACGCGAGUACGAACGACAGCGUCGGGGAGAGGGCAAGGAGCGCGGUGAUAGAAGCGACCGCGACCGUGACCGCGAUCGUCGGGAGCGGGGAGAUAGGGAGAAGACCAGUCGCCCAAGCAGAAAGAUGGAUAUUAUUGAUCAGCUUGAUGCCACAAGUAUUUACGGAACUGGGCUGUUCCAUCAUGAUGGACCUUUCGACGCCCUGAACCCCCACCGAAAUCGCCAAAACGCGAGACGUGCGCCAAUGCAAGCCUUCCCCAAAGAUUCACUAAACAACUCUCUUGGAGGCGCUGGGCCGCUUAAUGCUCGAGCUGACCAUUCAGUUCUCAUGGGAAAUGCCACAGAUGAGGCUUUCAGAGAUUUUUCUGCACCCUCAAAAUCCCGUAGCAAGGAGCCCGCCAUCUUUGAUGCCUCAGGUCGAGACCAGCUUGUUCAUGGAGAUGAGUCUGUUGGCCUGGGCACCUCAACCUUCUUGGAAGGGACCCCCGCUGCGCGAAGUGCUAUUCAGCGCCACCAGGCUGAACAGGCUCAGGAAAAUAUGGAGGGUGGUCUACAGCGCAAGAAGUCGCUUGCACAGCGCAUUCGCCACAUUAACAAGGGCCCCCGCGAUUAUAGUCAGUCAGGGCGCCCCAAUGGCGAAUAUUCCAGAAUCACCCCAGAUGCCUAUCCGACAGCAGCCAGCACCGGUUCAGACAACAAUCCCUUCUUUGCAGAAUUCGGUAAAGGCGAGGAAGGCUUCAGCGCAAGGCCGCGAGAUGGCUCAACGACAUCCAACAGCCCUCCUGGAGCCCGACGCCCUUCUGCCGGAGCUGUCCUUGAGCGACGGGCGACGACUGAUGCGGCUACAACCCUGGACGAUGCCCCAGCAAAGCCCACCGGGCUCAUGGGACGAAUGAAGAGCUUAAAGGGGCGUAAGCCUCGGCCAGAGAUACCUAGCAACGGGCCCGGUGUGCCCGGAACGGCCGUUUAGUGGAGGACAGGUGCCGGGCGACUCCUUGACUCAAGUCGAAGUCCGGAGCGAUGGCAGUCAAGGCAGGACAGCCUUGCGGAGAAUAUGAAUGAGCACGCGAAUGAAAGUUCACGGGCUAAUAGUCUGCCAACACGAGAUCAAGAAAAUGCGGCGCCGAGAGAGGCAGAGAGGUGUGCCGCGUACGCCUCAAGCACGGUACAAGAAUCUGAACCAUUGCUUUACGAUACUGCAGAGGUUCAAGCAGAAAGACUUGGCCAGGUACACAAUUAUUCAAGAAAACGGUAUACAAAUGCGACGAGAUAAGGUCUAUUUGGUCUCUCCAGAUACCGAUGAAGUUUCUAUUUAUUAUCUUCUUUUUGUUGAGUUUGGGAUGGGGCGGGCAGCAUGGGUUAUAGGAAACCAAGCCCAUAGGCCGGGUCAUUUGCUCUGUUUUGGAGAUUUACACCAGGCAGGUCUGGCUUAGCAGGAACAUCAUGAGCUUGAGUCGUCUCCAAGUCGUUGCGAUGCCAGAAAUGACAUGGGACUGCCGACCGAGAUCUGGGAGGUUCUUAUGAAGCCUUUUUUGUAUGUUUUAUAUCAGGACUUGAUGUCUGAUCAUGGCAUCAAUAAAUUCAAAUGCGAUGUUAUCGUGUGAAAACAAUAAGCUUUUUUCUACCUUGAAGUGGCUAACAACCUCC